UGUGAUAUAAAUGCAGCAGCCUAAAUAGACAGAAGAUAGUUGGGAUUUGAAGCCUCUAAGGAGAAAGUAACAGCUGCAGUACAAUGAGUGCUAUCUGUGUUACUGGUUUGGUUCUUUUAUGCGUUAUCAGCUUUUCUGGUGAGGACAAUGUCAGUGAUGUUUCAACACUUUAUUAAUAAAUUAAGCAUGCAUUUUAUUUAUUUUAUUUUCCUUUUUCAUAUCAUAUUAUGGUUGCGAUAAGUUAUGCAUUAAUCAUGCAUUUUUUCUUUUUUAAGGUUUCUCAUCUGCUACAGGAUAUGAGGUUUGUGAAUUAUCUUUUAUAUGUGUUGUAUAUUUAUUAACAAUUGUAGAUGUAACAUCUACACACUUAAAAAAUGCUCCUCUUGAUUUCUUCGGUUUACUUGUCAGAUGUAUCUCUUUUGAAAUUGUACUUUAUGAAUAAAGUUAUGGACUGUACAUAGGUGGUAACAUGCCAGGUGACAUUAAACAUAGAGAUAAACCAAUUUCACUCAAAGAUGGUGUCUACUCAAGCCACUGUGUAUGAGUAAGUAUUUUUCAUUAUCAGGCACAUCUUCUGCUAUUUAUGACACCCUGCUCAACCCCCCUCCCCUCCACCCCCCUUCUCUGACAUCAGUUAUUUUUAGUGUUUAAUUCUAUCAAAUUGAUAUUGCAGUACUCUGGUAUUAUAUAUGAAUACCCAGCAUGAUGUUUAUAUAAUAUUUAAUGUAUGUAUGUGUCUAAGUGUAUAAUGGGAGUAUAUGACUUUGCAUGUUAUGUGUGGAUAUUACUAUGGGUGGGUGAAUGUAGGUAUGUGAGGCUGUUAACUUAGGAUGUGACUGUAACAGAUCACCUGGCACCCCAACUGGGUACCUCCGUUGAUGGAUGCUCCUAGCACUUCUUGAGGAUUCCAAGCACUCUAGCCGACACCACAACCACCACAGGCCAAACCUCUUUUCCUUCAGAGCGAAGCAGGAACGAGCUCUUAAAAGAGCUUAGGAGUGAUUAUAGCAAUGGAAUAUGCAGAGCAUAGCAAUCCCUUGUAGCAGAUUCCCCCAAUAAGAGACAGGACUCCAAAUUGAGGGUGAAGUAGAACUGUCUAAAACUUUAUUUUACUUGGGACUAGCCCAUGUGGUCAUUACAUUAACAUUGCUGUGAAAACUCAAUAAAAUUACAAACAGUCACAUCAUAGCAGGCAACACUUAUUAUAACAUAAUUACAUAUUUAGAAAUGGGUGGGGAAGACCAUAAUUAACACAAAAUGUCUCUACUGCACGCAGAAUUAGCGAUUUGCAAAUCUACCCAAAUAUGCAAAUUACUAGUCUUGCAAUUCAGUUGGUGCAUAUUACUGUUGCUACCAACAGAGGGCACUACACAAGCUCCAUAGCCAAAUCCACCUAGUUGGUAGCAAUCCUCAGCAGUACAGGAGAGCAGGCAAUACAUCCCAGUGGCCAUAGUCACAUGGCAGGAGGCUGGCAAUCAGUCUUCUCCAAUGCCUAGUGGCGAGGCUGGUUCCGCCACAGUGACUUUGUGGAUUUCUGUUGCAUGGGGUAAGUGAACGGAUAUAUCACUAAGUGGGUGGGUGAUUAUGUGCCUGGGCAGAUUGGUGUGGGUGACUGUGGCAGGUUGCAGGUGACAGGAGGUAGGUGAUGAUCGGGAUUUAAAGCCACAAAAAGGAGUUGGGGUACUGGGCACAAACAUGGGGUGCAGGAAAUAUGUGAAAGCAGGGGGGGAAAGCAACACGUGUGGAGACCCGUGUGGGAGGUAUGGAGGACAGGUGCAUGGUGGUAGUGGAGAGGAAAGAAACAAGGGGUGGGGAGAGACACAAGUGGAGAAAAGGGUCAGAGAUGGGGGAGCUGGGAAACAGAUAAACACAAUUUGGGGGAUAGCGUGAGUACCAAGGGAGAAGAGAAAGACAAGUAGAGAAUCAUGGAAAGAUGGACACAAGUGAGAAAAGCGACAAAAGUAAAGAGGUGAUAUGGAAGAGUGAAACAAGUGGUUUGAGUGAGGAACGAGUAGGGAAAUACAUUAAAGAUAUAGCUUCCAAAUAAAAAACAAAACCCCUAUACCACAUGUAAGAGUGUGAGCUCCUAUCUGCAGGAACCUUUCUACAACCAUGGAGUAUGUAUUAUUAGCACAGCCAUAGCAUUUGUUGAUUACAUACUCUCUCUAGUAGUCUGUAUGAUCAAUGCAAGUCCACACAAAUUAGUAUUGUGUUUAUUAUUUUUAGGUUACAACAUGAGCUGGUGUUGAUUUUAUGCUAUGAAUAUGUUAUCCAAGUGAGAGAUUGUGGGAUAAUUAUUAUCAUGAAUUAAUUGUAUUUACUGAUACAGGUUGAGAUGGAAAUUUACUGGCCAAAUAUAGCUAAUAUUUUUAAUGAAUUUAAUAAAAGUUAUUUUUAAUUGUUUACCCUUUUCAGUGUUACAUUUAUUUUGUUUUUUUUUUGUGAUUUCACUAAGAUGAGGGGAAUACACAAGUGUGGAGAGAGGCACAUGUGGGAAGGCUGGUGAGAGACCUACAACUACUAACCUCUCAGUCAUAUCAGUGUUUUGGUUUAUUGAUAUAUUGCAAACAUUAACAUAAUUAUACAAGUUGUGAAGGAGACAAGGGUUAUGUUAUUCCAUAAUGAUAUUCUUCAUAUUUUUUUCUGAGAUAUCUGCUUGAUUUCUCUUUUUUCAUGCAGGUUGAUUGCAGUAAUUUCAAGAAUGAAAUUCCUGGUGCUGGUCUGGCGUGUCUCAGAAUGUACAAACCACUUUGUGGAACUGAUGGAAAAACCUAUAGCAACAAAUGCAUGAUGUGCAGUGACAAACUGUAAGUUACAAUUCUCUGACCCCCCUCCCCCCAUUUCUUUUUCAGCAUCACAGUGUCCAAUUCUGCUUCUUUAUUGUAUAUGUGUGCAUUUAAAUUCCACUUGCUCUGGGGUCAUCCCUCAAAAAGUGGUAGUCCCAUCCAGUAGUCGACAAAUCUUCCAAAAGAGGGUGGAACCGGGAACCCAUUUAUAAUUCGCUGUCAUACUUGGAGUUCCCAUUUACGUUCUUUGACCAUUGUCUCUGUGUUUCAAAGGCUGUAUGAGAAUUAUUUGGGCUGCCUCGUAGCAACUGAAGGAAGAGUGUUGUGCACUCCUACAAACUUAACACAUGCAUGAGCAAAGCAAGGUUAAAAGAAUAAGGUUUUUUUAACAUCACUCACUUUCUUUUCUAAGUUUUGCACAUACUGUACUUUUAUAUAAGUAAAGACUAAUUUGAAAUAGAACAAUGAAUGAAUUUUUAGGGAGCAAACCAUAAAAGUCGUUCCAUGUACCGAUUCUUAUGUUGUUACUUCCUUGUGCUGUGCAGGAUCACAAAGGGGUGUGAUAGUCAUAGCCCAACUCACUCCAUCAUGACUCGCCAAUCGAUAGUAAGAAUCAUUGUCAUAGACAAAUUAGUCAUCUUUGGCUUAUCUCGUUCAUUUACUCAACUAGACCACCUUCAAAGAUACCCCCACUCUUCCCUCAAGAAAAGGGAGGAAGGUUAAAUUUGCUCAGGGGCAGUGAUAGCCAAUCUUUAGUCCACUAUCAGAUAGACUAUAGCUUCCAUGAGGUUUUACCAAUAUUUUUUUAGCUACCACUACUGUUGAAAGAAAUAUACAUAGGAUUAAGAGGUGAUGAGGUAAUGCUGUUAGAGUUUGAUGGGAGAAAUACAAGAGGUGAAGAAGUAGGUUAAGGGGAAAAUGAAUAGAUAAAACUGUAUCAAGGAGUUAAGUGUUUUCACUGGUCUGGUUAAUAUGUGAAUGUCUGGCAUAUUAUUAAUUCCAUAUAGUUAGCUUCUAUGGCACACAGAUGUGUUUGUUACACAAUGUUACUGAGCAAUACCUCAAAUCAUUUUUUUUUUUAAACAUUCUGUAUUUAUUAUAUUUUGCACCUUCUAUAUAGAGUUUUACAGAGAAGAGACAGUUGUUAUACAAGCCAUCAUAUACAUGUAUACAAUGCACCUCAAAUCUAUUUUUAUGACCAUAAUUUGUUGUUUUAACAAUUUUGAUUGGCUUUACAAGCAACAUCUUAAGAGAAAUGUAUAUGAAUUGUACUGUGUUUUCUCAGGAGACUGAAGAAAGUAAUUGCUGUCAAACAUAAGGGAUCUUGUGACAUUCAAGGAUCUAAGGUAAAUUUAAUAUUACAUUCUAUAAAGAUGCUGUUUCUCUAGCAGGUAGGCAUUGUUUGUGAUGAAUGGUGCUCAUGGAUAUUGUUUUUUAAGGAAACAAAACAAAGUUACUCUGUAAAUUUGAAUGUAUGUUAAACAUAUUUUUAAACAAAGAUAGAUUUCAGAUUUUAUUAAACCAUAACUUUUUUUGGACAGUUUCUUAACAAAUUGUGUGUGCUUAACUCUUAUUACCUGUUUCCAUCUUUCCAUGACUCUGUAAAGAACAGAACCCUCUAGAAAAUACAAAACAGUACAAAAGGCCCUAAUUUUCAGUAUCACUUUGAUAAAUUGGAUUUAUUUACGAGCUGGAGUAUUUUUGCGUUUGUGGUGUUUGCUAGAGGUCCUUGACACUAACUUCCCACUUCUGGUGAAAAAUUCACAACCUAACGAGACUGCAAACAUAAAACCAGCCUGUCUCUUACUCUCCUCUUCUCCAGAGAAAAAAAUAUACAAGCAAACGUAAAAUAAAUGCAUAGAUGCUUUCUGGAAUCCCUCAAUAACACUGCUCUAUCUCUUUUUGACUCAUAAAAAGCAAGUGAGGGCUAAAAACAAUAGAAGACAACAAUACAUGGUCAUGGGGUUCUCUGGAUCUCUUUAUAACCAGAGGGGUGCUUAACUUAUAGCCAAUUUGUCUUCUAUCCUUUGUAAAUGAGAGUAAGGGGUAACCAUAAGACAUGGGCUGGGCAUACUCAAGUCCCCUACCCUAUUUGAAGGAACACUACAUUGAAAGUGUAGGUCUUUUUUUAAAACAAUUUUGUAGAUACACCUCCUAAAUAAAAUAAACAUGCAUUUUCUUUGCAUAUUUUCUUUGGAUGUAUUUGAAAAAAAAAAAUUGGCUUGCAAAACCUGCACCUCAGCAGACCUUUGCAACGUCUCCCUUCUUUACCAGGAACAGCCAGAGGCCAUGAUCAUGGCUACCUAUGCUUCUCAAUUAGCUGUAGUACAGCUUAUUGAGAAGGGAGGAGGCAGGUGAACUCUAACUUUGCUCACCUGCCACUUAUGUUGGGUGGAAAUAGAAGAAAAAUUAUCUGGCUGUCUAAGUGAAUAUCACAGACUCCAGAUACAUUCAGUAAGCCUAAGUUCAGUGUGUGUCUGAAGUGUUCCUUUAAAGGAACACUAAAACCUAAGGAAUAUAAAUUGGUAGUGUUCUAGUCCCUGGUUAGGUUCAGUACCCUUGACUCCCUCAACUUAAAUUAAAUAGGAAAAAGUUAAAAAAAGGUUCUACUCAUCUUUUUCCAGUGCCGCAUCACAGUCCUUGCAACAGACUUGUCCUCCAUAACUCAAUGUUAUCUUGUUUGCUGACUCUUCUUUAGAUUCUCGUCCAAUCAAAUGACUCUCAUAGGGAAGCAUUGAAUCCAGUGCUUUACUAUGAGUAGUGUGUGUUAUCUUUCAACAUCCUUAUGAAUGUUAAACAUGACCAAGUGAAACUCCAAAACAAUGUUUUACAUUGCAAGGUUAAAACUACAGGGCGACUGCACCUAGACCACAUACUUAGAGAUGUUAUUUAGUGACACAUAGCAUUGAAAACUUAACAAGAAUUGGGAUCUAAAAGAACAAAUAUAUGUAUAUACAGCAAUUCUCUCCUGUCAAUAUAUGUAGAUGCAAAACCUAUCCUGGAAUUUGCUUAUAUCUGUCAAAGGAUUUUUAUCAUACACGUUCCUCAAGAAUAAUAAAAGGGGCGCUACACUUCACAAAUGGGCAAAGAAGUAUACAUCACUGUUUCAGUGGUGGUUGAAUUGUGCAUUGUCAGGUUGGGGGUGUGGCCCAACGUGCAGAAUUAAGUAAAAAACGUAGAAUAGACUAAAAGUGAUAAAUGUAUUACCGGGCCUUAGAAUGGUCUGAUUUAACGUAGAAAGAAUAGUCAGAAACAAGCUGAAGUCAGGAGCAUAAACAAGAAGAGAAAUUCAAAGGGUCAGGGAUACAAGAAAUAUGGAUAUUCAGAACAAGCCAAGAACAAAAACCAGAAUAACAAUAUACCAAACACGCUCUCCGAGAACCAAAGUAGAGGAAACCAUGACAGGACACUGGACACUAGCAGGUCUGAGUUUAAAUAACCCCAAAAUCCUGCUUAUUGGUCAAAAUGGGACCUAUGACUACAAAAUGUGCGUGUGCAUCAAAAACGUGACGCCCCACGCACCUUUACAUCAAAUAUGAAGUUUUUGUGUGUGGCGCUGUUUAGUAGCGUGGGACUGCCGCAGCCGGCAGCCUCCAUAAGGCUGGACCCGGUCGCUACACCAGAUACCGCUUGGAGGGAAAAACGUUGCUGCUUAAGUGAGUAACCUCUCCCUGCUGCAGUGUGACCGCACCGAUCUGGUGCAGCCCCAUGUUGUCGAUAGGCACUGUGUGAGCACACUGAUCAGGUGCAGCGACAUGGUGCCGAUCGGGCACCAUGACAUGUAUGUGGAAGGGUCAAAAUGUUUUGUGUGUAGGAAAUGUGAGUGUGGCUGAGUGUUGUGUGUGUUUUGACCCAUUAAUAUUCGCAGGAAGAUCGUGAAUACUGAUAAAAAAUUUUUUUUGCAAAAGUAACCAAUAGAGGAAAAAAGGUAAGAGCAGUAAAAAUACUAUAUCUAUAUAUUAUAUAUUGAUUAUAUAUUGCUAAUGAUUAUUUUUUUAUUAUUAAACAAACACUACAAUAUAUAUAUAUAUGUAGUGUUUAAUUGCAGAAUAAAUAAAUAGUUUUCACUAUGUUUGAAUGGGUAGAUUACAUCAGUUCCAUACUGUCAAGAUCCAAAUUUGCCAGAAUUUUUAAAUGUUAUAUUGCCUGAUUUGUAUUGGGCAUUUCUUUUCAAAUAUUUUUUUUAUUAACAUUUUUAAAUUAGCAUUACAUACAAUAAUAAAAAUAUUGAUUAUAACAAAGAUUUAACAAUAACAAGAACAUAAUAACAACAACUGAUUAUUAUUGUCAUAUGGAUAUAUCAGUAUAGUUAUACUGGCAGACAUUUUGUGUUAAGACAGAAAUUAAAAGUGUAUACUGUAAGUCACUAUCAGAACAGAGGUGACCCCAUUUUGCAUAACAGAAUGCUAAGACAGACACAAAAUAUUUCUCUCUGUAACUCUUUUCAUUCCAGUCUGAGGUAAGGAAUGCGACUUACAUAAACAUUAGAGAUAAGACAUGAUGUCUACAGCAAAGGAGGGUUGAAUGCUACAACCCAGAGACAAAAAGAUAUAUAUACACACACACAAUAACUUACUAUAAGUAUAUUAAUCAUAUGUAAAUAGUACUAAGCUAAUAAUAUAGAAUAUUCAUGGAUAUAAUAUCAAUGAAGAAAGGUCAUAUUAUUUACUAACGUUAGUGGAAUAUGUGUAAUAGACAUGUAUAAAUAAUACUAAGUACGUAGCUGAACACAAGAAAACCAGACACCAAAUGACAAUUCAUUUUACUUUCUAAAAACUAACGGAAUCUUACAAAGUCCCAUUGUAAGGAAGGGUCAAAUUAAGGUUAGGACGUGUCAGGAAUCUAAAUUUAAAAGUAUACGAUAGACACCAAGUCUGGGUAAAAACCAACAAAAACCUUUGAAGAUGACAGCUUCUGUGAUGUAUAGAAGCCAUAAAAAAUAACCAAGAUGAUGUCAAACGCAUCACGAAAUUCAGUUAACCCAUUAUACAAAAAGGUAAAUGGACCCCCUGACAAGAAUUUUCGAUGAUGUAAUUGUGCCAUCUACUGACCAAAAUCCAAGAUGAUAGUUGUUAAGACACCCCGGGUGUCGGUAAGAGAAACAUAUUUAUGCAGGUCUCCCACUUGGUGGACACUCCCCUAGGGGACCAAAUGGGAGACUAUAAUGAAAGAAAGACAUGGGGACAUUUCAGACAUACAGAUGUAAGCUUUUCCCAAAAUGCAAUAUGGUUUCCUCCCCUCUGCCCUGGAGAUAAUUGAGAAGUAAUUCAAUUAUCUCCAGGACAAAGACAAAUCACCAUCUUAAAUAAAAUGCCAGAAAACACACAAAAAUAUAUAAUUCUACAACUACCGAACAUUUCACAUUCGUAUCACAUAUUCCCAGAUAGCCUGAAUCUGAGGGCAUAUUAUUAGCGAAUAGCGCUCAGAUCCCAUACGCAUAGUUCAAUCGCCAUGGAGUCAAAGUUCUUAUAGUCAUUCGGUAUGCGAUUGACUCCAUGGGAAGGCUAUCUGGGUUCAGUCUUUUCGUGUGAUUCCAAACUCCCGAACGGCAGGUGUUCGCAAGCUUUCGUCGAUGGAGUAGAGUGACCCGUUGUCUCAGCGGUGUUCGGCAGAAAAAGUGUCCAUUUUUAGUUCCAUGAAAUCACUGCCAAACACCGCUGGUCUUUCGUGCGUUUUAAAAUGGCCGCUGCCUCGUGGUCGACAUGUGAACGACGGCCACCCUGAAUUUGGUUUAAUUGAGAAGUGUCUGCGCUUAACCACAACGUUCUAAUUGGGAUCAAGAGGUUAACCAGCAGCACACUUCUAUCAUGGGUGGCCAUCCGUUCGGUAGGUUUGUUCGGUAAAACAAAGUCAUUCGUAAAGCCAUUUACACGAAUGGGGCAGAAUAGACGAAUCCACCACAAUACACACACAGAUGGUUCUGUCACAAUAGUCUGUAGGGAAGACACACCCACAGUUCACUAUUGGUUACUAUUAAUUAGAGACGUAUAGGGAACUGGUCCUUUAAAAAUUAAGGACAAAGGAGAGAGGCAUCACUCUUGGACUUUGACUCUUAGACAUAAACUCAAGACUCAUACUUAACAUCUGAGAUCUGACAUCUGAGGCCAAAGCUGGACAUAUCUAAUUCUUUAUAUUUUUCCAACUAAGACAACUUCAGAACUCUGGAAAACUUUUCUAUUUCCAUACAAUUCUCUAUACAUCAUACUUGCAUUCAAAAUUCCUGGGACAUAUCUACACAUCUGAUAGAAAAUCUAUAUCCUAACUGGUAAUUAUGCUGGUUUUAUUUAAUUGAAUUAAAUUAAAUUAAUACAUUUUUACUAAUAGCAGGAAUAUAUAUCUGGAUAAAUGUUGGUCAGCUAAUGUAGCUAAGGAAUAUAUGGUUAUAAAAAUUCCAUUCCUGUAGGUGGAAUAAAGAUAACAGUAUAUUAAUGGUAAAUUUGCCAAAUGUUAGCAUACCAAAUUUUUAUCCAGAGGUAUUGACUUGUUCUGAAAUUAAGGAUAGUGAAUCUUAAUUAGGAAAGUUGAAAUUCUGCAAAUGUAAAACCUGGUUAGAAUUAUUCUUAUUGAAUGGACAUAGGAAUGGUAAAUGAUCUGGUAUGAGAAUUAUUGUAGUUGUAAAAUUGCAAUAUAAUAGGAUAUCUGGUCUAUGAGGAUUGUAGCUAGCAGUGAAAGAGUUAAUUCAGUGUGAUUUUACUGUUAGCCAAAGUUUUUAUUGAUUUACGCUGUGCUGCUGUGAGAUGCUGUGUUUUGUGUUAAGUUGAUUUCAAAGGAAAUUGUCCUGUUGAAAAUCUUUUUAGAAAACUGCAUACAACUGUUGCUAAUUAGCUGUCUAUAUUGUGUUAAAACCACUGCCAUAUUAUAUACAUAUGUUAUACCUAAAUAUUCACUGAUUAUUGUCACGUAUAUUACUUAUUAUUAAUAUUAUUAUUAUUGUCACAAUAAAUUAUAUUUUUAUAAUUAAUUUGUGAUUAAAGUAAAAUCUUCUAAUGAAACUUACUCUAGGAUCUAUGAGAAUUAAAAUAGUGGGUAAUUCUCAGCUUUAAAUCAUUAAUUGGGGAAACAGUGCCAAGAUAUCAAUUUUUGAUAUAAUAAAAAAUAUUCAAUUAAUUUUGAUAAUUUUUAUGAAAAUAUUAUUGUUAAUAUUUAUCACCCCCUAAAAAUAUCCUCACAGAGAACAUCUAAAAUAAUAAAAAAAAUUAAAUACUUUACAUUAAAUGCUUUUCUUUAUAUUUAAUGUAUAAAAUUUUAAAUUUGUUGUUAGCAUUAUAUAUAUAUAAUGUGGUUGCAUUUUUGCUUUUCUAUCUAAAUUAAGGAAAAAAGCAAAACUACAACCACAUUAUAUAUAUAUAUAUAUAUAUAUACAUUUAAGGAAGGGUGUGUAGUAAUUGAGUAUUUGUCUAAGAGCAUUUGUCAACUGUUAAGAAAGUGGUAAUUAAAACUUGGAGGCCUUUUUCUGGCACUGGACGCCGAAAAGGCUUUCGACAGACUAAAUUGGCAAUAUAUGACAAGAGUACUAAAUAAAUAUAACUUCCCCAAAGAAACUAUCAGAGGCAUACUAGCACUCUACGCACAACCCAGCGCUAGGGUCUCACAUGGUGGGUUUCUCUCCAGAACCUUUCACAUUACAAAAGUGACACGUCAGGGCUGCCCGCUGUUCUCCCUGCUUUACAUCCUUUCCUUAGAGAGCAUAAAGACAUAACCAGCAUCACCUUGAGGGACAAAGAGUAUUGUUUGGCUUUGUUCGCAGAUGAUAUCUUCGUGGCAUUGUCGAACCCAGAAAGCUCCCGGCCCCCCUUGUUAACACUAUCGACAGAUUAUUGUAAAGUCUCAUACUAUCGCCUAACACAGGCCCUACCCAUAAACCUAUCGAGGCUAACUGUGACGGCCCUAAAGACCACAUUCGAGCUCGACUGGCGGACGACGUCUCUAACAUAUCUAGGAGUAAAAAUCGCCACUUCCAUGGACAACAUAGUGAAACUUAACUAUAAACCUCUUAUACACAUAUGCAAAACUGAGACACAAUGGAAGACCGCGAACCUUUCAUGGUUAGGACGAGUAAAUGCAUACAAGAUGAUGCUACUACCGAGACUAUUACACAAGUUCAGAAUGCUUACUAUAGCUGUCCCCGCAGCAAUCCACAGGUCAUUGCAAACAAUAUGCAGCACAUAUAUCUGGGGAGGUAAGAGACCUAGGCUACCUCUAAACCUCUUACAAAAGACCUCAAACACAGGUGGCAUCGGUAUACCUAACAUAAAACAUAAAACACGAUCGACUCACAUGUCGACCUGGUUAGAAUUAGCACCCCACAAACCAACGACUUGCAGACAACACUGGGAGGCAGAGGGGAGACUGAACUGACUGAUGAGGACUGGUUAUCAGCUCUAAAUGGACUCAAAAGAUGGACCAAAUGCUACUCCCACAUAGAGGCACACCAGAAACUGCUCUAUAGGUGGUACAUGACUCCCAAUAGGCUGCAUGUACCCUGCGGUGCCAGUCGAAUGCUGGAGAUGCACUGCGGAAAUAGGUAUGCUACCACACAUCUGGUGGCAUUGCAGUGGUAUACAACCUUUGUGGAGAGAUGUUAAAGAUAUACUAGAUUCCCUGGGAAUCAGAGACUUCCCCAUGAACAUUAAGACCUGUCUCCUACUAUUGUUCCCCAAAGAGACACACGAGAACCAGAAACAACUGCUACUGCUAAUUUUAAUGGCCGCACGCAAUCUGAUAGCGUUAAACUGGAAAAAGCAUAGUUGCCCGUCUGCACAACAACUGAAAGACAAAAUACAGCAGUUUUACAUAUAUGAGAAAAUGUCCACAGAUACCAUAAAAGCCACCGCAAAAUUCAGGGAGACAUGGGAGGGAUGGGAGAUGUGGUACAACGAGGGGAAUUUUCUUGGAUAGCAAAACAGCAGAGAAGACAGGAGAGAAUCAUAAAAAGCCUAGAACCAUGUGAGGGGUGGUAUGCAAUUUCAACUGUGGAAGGGAGUAAAGGGAACUGUCUAUUACUACAUUCUUGGUCUUGCCUACACACCUGUUUUUGUAUAUACCUUUGUUAUGUUCGAUGAAUUCUACACAAAAAUGGUUACAUUGUAAAUGCAGCUCAGCUGUCAAUGGAAUACAUUAGGAAUUCAUUGUAACACAGAAUAUAUGUUUACUGAGUUGUGACUAUGUACUGGAUUUAUGUUUUUGAAAACUUCAAUAAAGUACAAUUGAUAAAAAAAAAGAAAGUGGUAAUUGUAAAUGUUAUAACUUUAAUGAUUGUGUUUUACUCGAGCAAUUAGUAUAAUAGUACAUUAUUUUAAAUGAUUUAAAAUAAUUUAAUUCUAGCUUGACUGCGAAAGAUUCCGUGAUUCAAAAAUCUGUACGUUGGAUUUUUCACCCCAUUGUGGAUCAGAUGGAAUCUCAUACAGCAAUAAGUGUGCAUAUUGUCAUGGCCAAAAUGAGUAAGUAAGGGGCCCUCAACCCCACUGUUCCUGUGCAUCCAUUUGUCUGGUUACAAUUACAUGUCUGUAAGUCCACCCAUUAUACAGCACUACGUAAUUUUGCUGGCACUAUAUAAAUAAUAAAAUAAUAAUAUACAUAUAUAUGGGUACUAUCUAUAUUAGGUUUACCUAUGCAGAGCAUGUGCAUGUUAGUAUUCAAAGAUUCUGGAGCAGGCCAUAAUAAAUGCGCUCAGGGAAUGAGUAACAGCAUUGCCACUGUAACCAGAGAGCAGCACUCUGACUCAUUUAGUCAGCGCAUUGAACGUAAGGAAGCAUUUAGAGCCUAGGAAUCCAUGAGGAUUUGAACAUGGACAAGAUAGACAAGAUAGAGGCUAGAAGACACAUAGGAAAUAUGGGGUAAAUAUUUAAGUGUUUCUCCUCAAGGUGUCAUCAUGGAAGCAAAUAUCCAAAUAUCCAAGAAAUGUCCCCACAAAAGAGCCACUUUAUGUAUUAUAUAGAUAUACAUAUAAAUAUUUAUAUAUAUAUAUUUUAAUGUUUUUGCUAAUUUUCAAGUUUUAUAUUAAUAAACUACCUUCUAAUCACUAAGUCAGGUAAGCACAUGUGCAAUGUUCUUAAAUGAAUUCCAAGAUUAAACACAACACAACUACUAUAUAUUAUUUAUAUUACAGGAAUCCAGGAUUAUCUCUUCUGUUUACUGGAAAUUGUUAUGAUGGCAAAGAUUGAAUUUAAUAAACAAUAAAAUUAUCUGAAGAUACAACUGGGGUGUGGUUAAGCUAAUCAGAUAUCGAUCAGG